CAGGGAUAACGUUACAUGAGCGAGUGACAGUAACGUUAAUCUUAUUUAUGAGCGCUGACAAGUGUACUGCUUUAAGAUGGCGGCUGUUUUAUUAACGCUGCCGAGUCGGUCAUUUCGCAUCUAGUUCUACGUACGAGCGCCCCUAGUGGACCAAACAUUGAGCAGUUUACAGAAUCAGAUGGGCAAUAUGUCAAAUAAAAGUAUUGAUACUUGGCGGGAGCAUAUUGAUAACCGAUUGGGUUGCAAAAUAUCGCGAUAUAUCACUGUAUCGAGAUAUUGUCACACUCUUAAUUACUACCAAAGCAUAUGUAAUUGCAAUUAUUUUCUGGGUGAAAUUGAGCAUUAUCUGACAGAAUUGCCGAGGUGUCAAUACUUUUGGCCAGCAGUCGACCUUGAAACCUGUAAUCGGCACCUGUCUAACUGCUAGUUCAUUAUAAUUUGGGAUAAAACUUCACAGUUUGGUUAUUCUGUCUCAAAAGUCCGUGAGCAAACUAUUCCAAAAAGGACCACUGUGGGUGCAGGUUUUUAAUCCAUCUACCAUCCUCUUAAAAAUACUGGUCUAUUGAAAUGCCCAUCCAUCGUUUGGAUGCGAGGGGGUGGGCAUUAGGAGCUGUUUGAGAUGGAUAUGAGGUAAUCUCCCCUGGGUUUACACUAUGACAAUAACACGGAGGUUCAAUGACACACACUAACACAUUCACACACACACACACGGUCAUCUGUUUUUAGAGCGACAUCAGGCCAGUCAAUGACUUCAUCUGUGCCGCCUGCCUGUUCAUCCCUUGUCUCUUUGUUUCCGGAUGGACAUUCAUCACUUUCUUUGUGGAUGUUUCACUUAACGCAUUUUUUUUGUCUUUUUUUUUUUUUUUUUUAAAUUACGUUGCCGGCUUUCUACCUUAGGAUUAUCAUGUUUUUAAUGAGAUUUUUAAUAGAGUAGAUCGACCAGAGCGGUUGUAUAGCAACAACUGUUGACUGAAAUGGACAUCCAGAGGGUGCGGGUGCUACGUUAUGGCCUUCCUCAAAGUGUCAGUGACUCUGGGCUGUUUUACAACCAUAUCACCAGCAGCGAGCAGAGCAUCUGCCAGGCUCGGGCCUCGGUGAUGGUCUACGACGACGCCAGUAAGAAAUGGGUGCCCAUCAAGCCUGGACAACAGGGCUUCAGCCGCAUCAACAUCUACCACAACACUGCCAACAACACCUUCAGGGUGGUGGGUGUCAAGCUGCAGGACCAGCAGGUGGUGAUCAACUACUCCAUCGUGAAAGGUCUGAAGUACAAUCAGGCCACACCCACUUUCCACCAAUGGCGUGACGCUCGUCAGGUCUACGGGCUCAACUUCGCCAGCAAGGAAGAGGCAACCACUUUCUCCAAUGCCAUGUUGUUCGCCCUCAACGUGCUCAGCUCGCCUGACAGCGGAGGUCCAGUCGUCCAGCGCCAAAAUGGACCCUCUUCAGAGGAGAGCGAAGCCCAGAGGAGGAUGAUGGAGCAGCAUCAGAUGCAGGCACACAAGGAGAGGGAGCGGCGGACGUCAGGAUCAGUUUCCACUCUCCAAUACAAAGUGUGCGCACCCCCCGCCCACCCCGACACUCCGCCCGAGUACAGACAUUACAGAGCUAGCACACUGCCCCCGUCCUACGUGCGCGUGGCCUCCUCUUCCCCGCCCUCCGCCUCCUCCUCUCCCUCCCAAGAGAAAGAGGCGGGGGCGGCGAGAGACAAGGCCCAGCUUUCCUCCCAGCUCUCCACCUCGCUGGCCUCCGCCUUCUCGCCCGUCCAGGCGGGAGUGACCACGAUGGGCCGCCAGGUCCGUCAGAUCCCCCUCUCUCCUCCCACGGCGGCGCGCCACGCUCACCAGCACCACCAAGACGUCGCGCUCCCCCCUAAACACGGCACCUGGUCCGCCUCUCAGUUGCAGCAAAUGUACGCCCAGUGCCCGCCCUCCGCCUCCCCGCCGGUCAUGAUGGCCGUGCCCGCCAGGCAGGGGGCGCCGCCGCCGCCGCAGCCCGUCCUCCCUGUGGCGCACCCUCUCCCGGGCGUGAGGAUGAAGCCCCCGCCGCUCGACCCGAGCGCCCAGUACCCGCAGCACCAGCCCCACCCUCACGCCAACGGCCAAUCGGACGACUCCUACUCCCACCAGCUGCCGCUCACCCCGCAGUACUGCGAAGCCGUGCCCCUUCCGCCCAUCGCGGGCCAGCCGCCCGCGGCUCCCGCCCCCAAUCACCAUUACCCGUCUACCUUUCACCCUCAGCAGCAGGCGCACCACCAGCAGGGGCAGCCCCCCGGCAACACCAACUCGCCCCCCUCUUACAAUGACGGGGGCUCGCCAAAGGAGACCCCCUCCCCCGUCCCGCAGCAGGUCCUCAUGUCCAACAGCAGCGCCCCUGUUUCCGCAGGUCACCCGGCCAUGCUGUCCGUAGCCCCGCCCGCAUCCGGAAUCCCGGCACCCGCUGCCGGCCCUCCGGCCCCUCCGCCGCCACCGGGUCCGCCGCCCCCGAUGGCGGCGCCCCCGCCCGUGCCCCCUCCGUUACCCGCCGGCGGGGGGCCUCCCGGUGCUCCCCCCGGGAUGCAGCAGCCUUCGGGGUUGGCGGCCGCGCUGGCUGGGGCCAAACUUCGGAAGGUUCAACGGGAUGAGAGUAGUCCGCCAGGCUCUAGCGGCAAAAGUGACUCCAACCGAUCUAGCGGUGGGAGUGGAGGUGGUGGCGAGGGUCUCAUGCAGGAAAUGAAUGCCUUACUAGCUCGCAGACGAAAAGCUUCUGAGAAACCGGAUGAAGAUGACUCUGGUAGUCGUGGAUCUGGUCAGAAUUCAACAGAUGCUAUGAAGAAGCCGUGGGAGAGAUCCAACUCUGCAGAGAAGUCCUCACUGGUUUCAAGAGUCAGACCUAUCGGCAGCACUAGUGAAUCGGACACCGAAUUCGACAGGAUGAAACAGGAGAUUUUGGAUGAAGUCGUACGCGAGUUGCAUAAAGUGAAGGAUGAAAUCAUUCAUGCCAUCAGACAAGAAAUUGGCCGGAUUAGCACAUCCUAAUCGUAGCCGAGGGACGUUCGGAAGGAGAGCACGAGGGCAAGGAGGACGUGGGACGGACCCGCUAAGAGCUCCCCCAAGAAUGUUCUCUCAAUGUUUCUGUGAGGUCUCGUCGCAGAGAUGUUGCGUCAACAUUUGAUUCUGCCGGACAGCAAAGUGGACGUAAAAGAGCGAGACGAAACUCGAAGAGAGGACGAACUGCCGUACGCGGUCGGGUGUCGUGCUCGUGCGUGCGCCUCUCCGCUCGAGACGACUCGGUGUUGCCACGUUUUCUUCUGUUCUGUCUUCAAAGGAAAAUAUUUUUGGUUUUUCUAAGUUUGUACUUGUUGUAUUAUUUAAAACCCUGUGCUCACGUUGACGGCGACGAGUAUUUCAGAAAGAGAAACGGAAACUUGCACACCAUCUGUGUCGACCUUUUAUACUUUAUUCUCUGUUCAUUUGACCCCAGACCAUUUGUUUAAAAGAACAAAAAAGAAAAAGCACAAAAUUGGCCAAAUGGUUCCUGGUGAUGAUGUUUUCAUCGCCAUGUUCACACUGGUGUGGUGCGUCUGACUUUUUCUUCCCGCACAAGUAGCCGAUGAACAUAUACCUUCUCCUACACUGCAAUGGCCACGCCACUGAGCAGUCAUCCGCUUGCUAAAAAGCCCUCAGGGGUAAGGUCAGUUUUUUUAAGCAUCUUAGGGUAUUUCAGACAUCUACGGAGCCCCUAAAGGGACAUGGUCAAAAAUUUUAAAAAACGUAGUAUGCGGUGUGCACCAAAUAGUAUGUGGUGCGCACCAACAUAUAUAGACACAGGAUUUAGUUGAGCUUUACUCCAAUCUUGGACUGAACUAAAGAUAAUACUGCAUUACUUGCACAUCGUCACCAUUACAUUGUCCCGGAACGCACGAGAAACAAUCUGGUGCACACCACAAACAGUCUGGUGCGCGCCAGAUAGUAUGUAGUGCGCACCAAAUAGUAUGUAGACCACACGAGAAACUAUCUGGUGCGCGCCAGAUAGUAUGUGGUGCGCUCCAGAAACAAUUUAGUGAGCAGCAGAUGGGAUGUGGUAGGCACCAGAAACUGUCUUGUGCGCACCAGAAACAGUCUAGUGCGCACCAGAUAGUAUGUGGAGUGCACCAGAAACCGUCUGGUGCGCACCAGAUAGUAAGUGGAGCGCACCACAAACAGUCUGGUGCGCACCAGAUAGUAUGUGGAGCCCACCUGAAACAGUCUGGUGAGCACCAGAUAGUAUGUGUUGGGCACCAGAAAACAUCUGGUGAGCACAAGAUAGUAUUUAGUGGGCACCAGACUGUUUCUGGUGCACUCCACAUAUUAUCUGGUGCGCACCAGAUAGUUUCUGGUGCCAUACUAGCUUGUGAUCACCAGAUGGUUUCUGGUGCCCAACACAUACUACCAGAUAGUAUGCUGUGUGAAACCAGAUAAUAUGUGUUGGGCACCAGAAACCAUCUGGUGAGCACAAGAUAGUAUUUGGUGGGCACCAGACUGUUUCUGGUGCAAUCCACAUACUAUCUAGUGCGCACCAGACUUUCUGGUGCACACCAGAUAGUUUCUGGUGCCUACCACAUACUAUCUUGUGCUCACCAGAUGGUUUCUGGUGCCCAAAACUCACUAUCUGGUGCGUACCAGGUAGUAUGCUUUGUGAAACCAGAUAAUAUGUGGAGCGCACCAGAGACAAUCUAGUCCGCACCACAUAGUAUGUGGUGCCCACCAGAAAAGAAAACCAGAAACAGUAUGGUGCGCACCAGGAAGUAUGUGGAGUGCACGUGGUGGGCACAAGAAACUGUCUGGUGAGCACCACUUAGUUUCUGGUGCCCACCACAUACUGAGCACAAGAUAGUAUGUGGUGGGCACCAGAAACUAUCUGGUGGGAACAGAUAGUAUGCUGUGUGAAACUAGAUAAUAUGUAGAGCGCACCAGAGACAAUCUAGUGCGCACCACAUAGUAUGUGGUGCCCACCAGAUUGUUAAAAUUUAUUUCAUUUCUGUCUGCGCUCCACAUACUAUCUGCUGCACACAUCAUACUAUCUGGUGCGCACUAGAUAGGAUGUGGGGCGCACCAGAAACUACAUGGUGGGCACCAGCUAGUAUGUGGAGCACACCAGAAACAAUUUGGUGCGCACCAGAAACAAUCUAGUGCGCACCAGAUAGUAUGUGGUGGGCACCAGAAACUACCUGGUGAGCACCAGAUAGUAUGUAGUGGGCACCAGAAACUACCUGGUGAGCACAAGAUAGUAUGUGGUGGGCACCAGAAACAGUCUGGUGUGCACCAGAUAGUAUAUGGAGUGCACCACAAACAGUCUGGUGCGCACCAGAUAGUAUGUAGAGCCCAUCAGAAACAGUCCGGUGCGCACCAGACAGUAUGUGGUGGGCACCAGAAACUAUCCGGUGAGCACAAGAUAGUAUGUGAUGGGCACCAGAAACUCUCUGGUGAGCACAAGAUAGUAUGUGGUGGGCACCAGAAACUAUCUGGUGAGCACAAGAUAGUAUGUGGUGGGCAACCAGAAACUAUCUGGUGCGCACCAGAUAGUAUGUGGAGCCCAUCAGAAACAGUCCGGUGCGCACCAGACAGUAUGUGGUGGGCACCAGAAACUCUCUGGUGAGCACAAGAUAGUAUGUGGUGGGCACCAGAAACUAUCUGGUGAGCACAAGAUAGUAUGUGGUGGGCAACCAGAAACUAUCUGGUGCGCACAAGAUUGUAUGUGGUGGGCACCAGAAACUAUCUGGUGCGUACCAGAUGGUAUGCUGUGUGAAACCAGAUAAUAUGUGGAGCGCACCAUAUUAAAAUCUGGUUAGCACCAGACAGUAUGUGGAGCGCUGGUGCGCACCAGAUUGUUAAAAUUUAUUUUAUUUCUGUCUAUAUCCCUUGAAGGGCUCCGUAGAAAUCACACAAAUGAGUUUUUCAGUGAAUAGGUUAAAAAUGGAUUCACAUUCAUUCAAGUUCACGAAAUUUCCUGUUUUUUGCGUGCUGUAUUGGUGACAGCAAAGGUAUUUUUUUCUGACAUGGUCCCAGAAUGGUUCCCCAUCCCUACUAAGUGCUCAGUGGUGUUUAAAAAAAAAAAAAAAUAAUGACUAACAGUGUCAUUGUUUUUCAUCCAUCCUAUGUUGGUGCUCCAAUUAUGCAUGAAUCCCAAGUUUCUACCAAUUUAUUUGGUUCAACUGAGAAAACAAAAAAGGUGCGUUUACAAUAGUGUUUCGUUUCCAUGAUGAAUCCCUUUCUCUGUGUACGAGAUGAUGCUGUUAAUGGUAGCUAAGUGGGGGGUGAGUAAUUUUGGGGGGAGGGGGGACUUUUGAGGAUGUUUUUCUGGCAAUAUGCAAAGUUAGCUGGGAAGAAUGUGCAAAAAAAUGGAUGUGAUGGUAGCUCAAAGUGUCUUUGCAGGAGUUUGGAUUGUUGCACUCGCAUUGUCUGCUCUCAGCGACAUUCUCAUUAAAUAAAGAAAUCAAAAACCUGUAUGUUAAAAGUCAUUCAUGCCUACACUCACAGUAAUUUAGAUUCAUCUUUUAGCCUUUUUUGUGGUGUAUAUAUACAUUAUAUACAUACAUACAGUACAUUAGCAUAGCAUUCACAUUAGCAUUAAUUUUAGCAUAGCAAGUGUCCUAAACUGUAGUGUUGUUUUGUUAGCGCCGGCUACGGCUUACAAAAGUCGUGCUCCGUGCUUCCGGUUGCAAAAUAUAACCAUUGGAAAACCUUCAGGAAGUUGGCGUUGUCCUUGUCGACGCUACAAUAUGUGCUUGUCCGUCAAUGUUCGUUUGAAAAUGUUUGGAAAGUCAUUUUUUAUUUUUAAAUUUUUACAGACUGCAACACUUUGAAUAGGGCUGCAGCUGUCAAUUAUUUUAGUGGUCGAUUAAUUUUUCAAUUUGUUAGUUCAAAUAAUUGGAUUAGGAACAUUUAAUGCAUUGCUGAAU